UCAAUUCCCUCUUGCUCUGUAGCAGUCGUCGUUUCGCUCGUUUCAUGACGUUUGAUUUUCUUUGCCCUCAGAAUGAGUGUCGAUUUGGAUGCCAAUAAGGGUCCGACCGUUGUCGGUGUCAACGCCUUCCUGGCAAUCUUGUCUUGCUCUUCUGUUGCGCUGCGUUUCUUGUCGAGGCAUUUGGCAGGAACGCCUUAUUGGUUUGAUGAUUGGAUGAUAUUGGUGGCUCUGCCUUUCGUCCUUGGAGUAAACAUUUGCAAUUUCAUAGCUGUUCAUUAUGGAUUUGGACGCCAUGAAGCUGCGCUCCCCGCCAAUGCAACUUCUGUCUACCUUCACAAUCUUUACUUUGACGAAAUGAUUUACAACACUGGUCUGUCGACCGUUAAGUUUUCUAUCCUGAUUUUCUACUCUCGAAUCUUCCCCACAAGGCGAAUGCGAAUAGCUCUUUGGUGUGUUGGAGGUAUCGUACUCGGCUGGCUAAUUGCCAUGAACUUCGCCGUCAUCUUCCAGUGUAUUCCGAUUCAUAAAGCUUGGAAUUUCGCAGUACCAGGAAGAUGCAUCAACGUGGACGCAUGGUUUAUUGGUCAGGCUGUGCCCAAUAUUGCAACAGAUAUUGCAAUCUUAGCUAUGCCAUUACCCGUUAUUUGGACUUUACAGAUUCCACUGUCGCAGAAGAUGGCAGUAUGCGCCAUCUUUUUGCUUGGUAGCUUGUAAGUGUUGAUGGGUUUCUCAGUGUAAGCCACCGCUAAGAAGUGUCCAGCGUGGUCGUUGUGAGCGUAAUUCGCUUGGUGACGGUCAUUGAAAUUG